AAGCAAACAAAUUGUGCCCAUAAUUCAAUUUCUAAUAUAUUUCUUACAUUUUUCAUAUAAAAAAGUUCCUAAAUGCUCGGAAAACCACACCAAGCUAUAUAGUUUCCACAUCGUCCUUCCAUUAGGAUUCGCAUUAGUUGAGCAGGGCAAACCCGAAUGGAGGUUUAUUGAUUACAUACAUCGUUGACAUUUUUUGUGUUGUAUAAUCGAGCCUGAUUUCUUGAAUGUAUGUGUAUAUAUAUUGUACCUAUAGAAGAUUCGGUAGAUGGAUUUUUGGCCGGAGUUUCUUGCAAGCAGUUGGGGCAAAGAGUUUCUGGCCGGUGGAUUUGGGGGAAUCGCCGGAAUUAUCGCCGGAUACCCUCUUGACACCGUUAGAGUCAGACAACAAAACUGUCAAGAGGUGGGUUCUGCGUUUAGCAUCCUCAAAAAUAUUGCAGCUAAAGAAGGCCCACUUGCCCUUUUUAGAGGCAUGGGUGCGCCUCUUGCCACUGUUACCUUUCAGAAUGCAGUGGUCUUUCAAAGCAAUGCCACCCUGUCGCGAGCAUUGGACUCCUAUAGAUCCCCCGCAGUACCUCCUUCAUAUGGAAGUGUUGCAUUAGGAGGCACUGGAGCCGGUGCCAUACAAAGCUUCGUGGUAACUCCUAUUGAACUAGUAAAAAUCCGACUACAACUACACGAACAAUCAGAAAGUGGUCCACUAAGCGUCGCUAAAAACAUCAUGAGAACCGAAGGCUGGAAAGGUCUAUUCCGAGGGUUAACCAUCACGAUCAUAAGAGACUCACCUUCAUACGGUGUCUAUUUUUGGUCAUACGAAUACGCGAGAGAGAAAUUCCACCCGGGCUGCCGGAAAAGUAGUCAAGAGAGCUUCAAAACAAUGAUUUUUGCCGGAGGUCUCGCCGGAGUUGCUAGUUGGCUAUGUUGUUAUCCCGUAGAUGUGGUUAAAACUAGACUUCAAGCUCAAACACCGAGUUCUCCGGUGAAGUAUAAUGGAAUUGUAGAUUGUUUUCGGAAGAGUGUAAGAAAAGAUGGUAUGGGUGUGUUGAUUCGUGGAUUUGGAAGUACGGUAUGUCGAGCUUUUAUUGUGAACGGGGCUAUUUUCACGGCUUAUGAAUCGGCUUUGCGAGUCUUGAAUACUACUGAUGAUAACAUUAACAACAAUAACUAAGCGGUUUUUUAGAAAUACACGGAAACCCGCAUUCGAAUGAUGGAAAUUUGACACCUGAAAUUGAAAUCCUAGAGCA